AUGACAUCGCGCGCUCGACAACUGUGUCGCGCGACCGCGUCGCUCGCGGCGGCGCGCGGCGGCGCGUGGCGCGCUCGGUGCGUCCAGAGCCCGCCGCCGAUCGUCCCGCGCGAUGCGCGCGGGUGGAGCGCCACCGCCGCCUCCUCGCACGGGCCGUCGUCGUCGGGCGACGCGCAUCACCGCCGCGACCCGCCCGCCACCGCGGUCAUAGCCAUCGGCAGCAAUCAGGGCGACAGGGUCGAUCUCUUCCGUCGCGCCCUCCGCGCCCUCGACGAGGCCGGCAUCGCGGUGGACGCACACAGCGCGCUGUACGAGACGGCCCCGGCGUACGUCACCGACCAGCCCAGUUUUCUCAACGCCGCCGCGCUCGUCCGCGUCCGCGACGCCUCGCACCCGAUGGCGAACGAUCCGCUGCUCCUGCUCGAUCGCCUCAAGCGCGUGGAGAAGGAACUGGGACGGGAGGAGGGCGGCGUUCGGUUCGGGCCGAGGCCGAUCGACCUGGACAUAAUCUUCCACAGAUCCGGGACGCACGGGUGCGGUCGUCUGGAGGUUCCGCACCCGAGGUAUCACGAGCGGCCGUUCGUGCUCGCGCCGCUGGCGGAUCUCGCAGCCGAGUCCAAUCGAGCGAAUCUCGCAUCUUUGGCAUCAUCAUCAUCAUCGUCGUCGGGACUUCACAGGGGCGACGCCGACGCGGGUACGCGGGGCGUGGGCGGUGGGCUCAGGACGUGGGCGGACCCGAUCGGCGCGGGUUUGGCCACCGCGGCGAGGCUGUGGGCGGGCGCGGGGGGCGAAGCCAACGUCAACGCCUCGGGGGGCGACCUACGCCGAGUGAUGCCCAUCGGCGGCGGCGUGAACGGUCGACCCGAGCGACUCUGGAGCUGGGGCGACCGCACAAACGUGAUGGCGAUCCUGAACGUCACCCCCGACUCGUUCAGCGACGGCGGCGCGCUCAUGGACCCCGGGGGGGGACACGACGGGGACGCGGGACGGGGGGCGAACGUGGCGGCAAAUGUUAAUGUGGCAAAAGUGUUAAUGGCGGCGAGGCGAGCCGUCGAAUCCGGCGCGGACUUUCUGGACGUCGGGGGUCAGUCCACGCGGCCAGGCGCGUCGCGCGUGAGCGCGAACGAGGAGGCGGCCCGCGUCGUCCCUGUCGUCGAGGCGCUCGCGGCGAUGCUCGUGACGGAGUAUCCCGACCGUCCGGUGUACCUAUCCGUGGAUACCUUUUACGGGGAAGUCGCCGCGCGCGCCGCCGCCGCCGGCGCCGACGUCGUCAACGACGUCUCGGGGGGAACGAUCGACCGCACGAUGCACGCGCGCGUCGCGAACCUCCCGAGGCCGCUGCCGUACGUGGCGAUGCACUCGCGCGGGGAUCCGAGCACGAUGCAGCUUCCGGAAAACACGAGAUACGCAUCCGGCGACGUGUGCGCGGAAAUCGCGUCCGAGUCGGCUUUAAACGCGAUGAGAGCGGUUCGCGCCGGGAUCGAGCCCUGGCGCCUGUGGACGGACCCGGGGCUGGGUUUCGCCAAGACGAGGGAGGGUAACUGGGCAGUCCUGCGCGGGCUCGGACGGAUCCGGGAAGGUAUGGGUGGCGCGCUGGCGAGGGCGCCGCAGCUCGUGGGCGCCAGUAGAAAAGGAUUCCUCGGCGACGUGUUGGCGAGGGAGAACUCGGCCGGGAGGGACCGGGACGUCGCGAGCGCCGCGGCGGCGGUGGCGGCGGUGGCGGGGGGUGCGGACGUGGUGCGGGUGCACGACGUUGGGAUGACGGUGGACGCGUUGAGGGUCGCCGACGCCGUCUGGCGCAGCCGGCGGGACGACGCCGAUUGAUCGACGGGCAGGCGCCGGACGGAGGUUUUUGUAGGGUGAUUAAUGGUGAGGGUUAGUCCUCUCCGCCGGUUC